CCGUUGAAUUAGUAGGUUGCGGUCGGUCCGUUAGUGCGAGUGGGAGAGCGCGCGUGCUAAAGUGAAUCCGUUGCAUUUCUCUUCCUCUUCCACUCUUCACACCUACGCAGGUGUGUGUGUGCGUGUGCCUCUGCCGGAGUGUGUGUGAAAAAACAAACAACAACUACUUAAAUCACAGUCAGCUGUGAAGUUGCUUUCAAUGUGUGAAAUAAAUAUGCAAAUGGCAAAAAAAUCAGAAAUUACAAAUUAAUAGUGUGAAAAUUCCACUUACAAAUUAAAGCAUGCUAAUCGAGAUAGCUCAAAGCAACUGAGUGAAAUCAAUGUAUUGAAAACAUAACACACAACCGCAAAAGGGUAUAUUUUUAGUGAAUUUCACUAGCGGAAUAAGAACUUGUGAAAUUUUGACAGCAGAAUCAAGGAGCAAAGAGGAGAGCAGAAAGCGGGCUUUUGUGGUCACGCAUUGAAGGGAAACCAGGAAGCGGGCAAGGAAACCCAAGCAAACUGCAAAGGCACUUCCCGACGAUCCUUCCCUUUUAAAAGUUCUUCGCUCACACAUAUCCAGGCGCAUCAGACUGAUUGACGGCACAGACUGCUAUAAACCAUAUGCAAUAUCUUCCAAGAAAACAACGCAUAUCAGAAGGAGAGAAAAAAAACACGGUUGGAAAACGAGGAAAACAUAUCCUGCAUCAUAAAUCAUUGCCAGGCUUUGAUUAAUGUUGCGUAUACGCAAUGUUGUCGGCCCCCGCGUUGGCCUCUAACUAAGUGAAAGCUCAAAUCGGUCAGAAAGAGCGGGAUAGAAUACUUCCAUUAGCACCUUCUGGGACAUAACAACAACAUCAUCAUCAACAGCAGCUGAGACCACAAAUCCAGAAACCAAAGAUGGCCUUCAUCUGGCGACGACGCUCCACGACGAUUGUGAAGCUGGUGGCCUUCCUCCUGGCCAUUUGGUUCUGCAUAGCCUUUCUGGUCUACACGGACGACACGCGGCGAAGAGCCUCCCAGGAGGGGGGCGGCGGCAGUGGGGUGGGCAGUGCCCUUGGAGGGGGCGGGGCCGGAGGACUAGGCGAUCCCAUUGCCCUCGCCCUAAGGAACGAGCCCGCCGGCGAGGACUUCGGUAUCAAUGGGAACGUCAUCGGAGGAGGAGGUGGUCAGAAGCAGGCGCACGACGAGGCUGAUAUCCCACCCACAGUGGGUAAGCACAAGGUCGACCACCAGGCGGAACGGCUGCGGAAGAAGGCUGCUGAGCAGCCGAAGAAAAAGGCGCAAGACGAUGCAAAAAAAGUGAUUGACCCUCCCAGCAACUUCGAGGAGAAUCCUGGCGAACUGGGAAAACCCGUUCGUCUACCCAAGGAAAUGUCCGAGGAUAUGAAGAAGGCCGUUGAUGAUGGCUGGACCAAGAACGCCUUCAACCAAUACGUAUCCGACCUGAUAUCCGUGCAUCGAACGCUGCCCGAUCCUCGGGAUGCCUGGUGCAAGGAUGAGGCUCACUACCUGACCAAUCUGCCCAAGACCGAUGUCAUCAUCUGCUUCCACAACGAGGCUUGGACUGUGCUGCUGAGAACAGUGCACUCGGUUUUGGAUAGGUCGCCAGAGCAUCUUCUUGGAAAGAUUAUCCUGGUAGAUGACUACAGCGACAUGCCUCACUUGAAGCGGCAGCUAGAGGAUUAUUUUGCUGCUUACCCCAAAGUUCAGAUUAUCAGAGGCCAAAAGCGAGAGGGUCUGAUUCGAGCCCGAAUUUUGGGAGCCAACCAUGCCAAGUCCGCCGUUCUCACCUAUUUGGAUUCCCAUUGCGAGUGCACAGAAGGAUGGCUGGAACCGCUUCUGGACCGCAUUGCCCGUAAUUCUACCACUGUUGUGUGUCCGGUUAUUGAUGUCAUUAGUGACGAGACUCUGGAGUAUCACUAUCGCGACUCUACGGGAGUCAAUGUCGGAGGAUUCGAUUGGAAUCUGCAGUUCAGCUGGCACCCAGUUCCUGAACGAGAAAAGAAGCGCCAUAAUAGCACCGCCGAACCCGUCUAUUCACCCACGAUGGCCGGAGGACUCUUCUCCAUCGACAGGGAAUUCUUCGAUAGACUGGGCACCUACGAUUCCGGAUUCGAUAUCUGGGGCGGCGAGAAUCUGGAGCUGUCCUUCAAGACCUGGAUGUGCGGCGGCACCCUGGAGAUAGUCCCCUGCUCACACGUGGGCCACAUCUUCCGGAAACGCUCGCCGUACAAGUGGCGUUCGGGCGUGAAUGUGCUGAAGAAGAACUCCGUGCGGCUGGCCGAGGUUUGGAUGGAUGACUACUCGCAGUACUACUACCACCGCAUCGGAAACGACAAGGGCGACUGGGGCGAUGUCAGCGAUCGCAGGAAGCUACGUGACGAUCUGAAGUGCAAGAGCUUCAAGUGGUAUCUGGACAACAUUUACCCCGAACUCUUUAUUCCCGGCGAUUCGGUGGCCCAAGGCGAGAUAAGAAACCUAGGUUAUGGCGGUCGCACCUGCCUGGACGCACCUGCUGGCAAGAAGCACCAGAAGAAGGCCGUGGGCACGUACCCCUGCCACCGGCAGGGAGGAAACCAGUACUGGAUGCUGAGCAAGGCGGGCGAAAUUCGACGCGACGACUCCUGUCUCGAUUAUGCCGGCAAGGAUGUGACGCUCUUUUCCUGCCACGGCGGCAAAGGAAAUCAGUUCUGGACUUUCCGCGAGAACACAAAGCAGCUGCACCACGGCACCUCCGGCAAGUGCCUGGCCAUCAGCGAGAGCAAGGACAAGCUGCUGAUGGAGGAGUGCAACACCAGCCUCGGCCGCCAACAGUGGACCCUCGAGAACUACGACAGUUCCAAGUUGUGAGGCUACUUCUAUGCGAGGGGCAACCUCCUGUUGCCCACUUCGCGGCGGCACCAACAACCACAUGCAUAGCGGCAGGACCAGAAAAGGAAGCGCAGACAGGACAUGAGGUGGCGGCAGGAGUUGGAGUAGUUAGAUUCCCCCGAGGCAUGUGCAAUAGGGAGUGGGAGGAGGAGGAGGAGGAGGACGAGGGGAACGAGUGGAUUGUAGCAGCAGCAUUACUUGCCAUGCUAUAUAAAUAUUAUUAAAAUUUAUAUGUUUCCAAACAACAGAAUAGACGUUACUUAGCCCUAAGUACCACACACCCACAGACUAGACAAACAGACACUGAAAAGAUAACGACUGCUGUACAGUAGCUAUAAGUUGAUAAGUUUUCUAGACCUAAGUCGGAGCACUUAGGAUUAGGUUAAUGGAGCCAGGCCCAAGGACAAUUGCUGGCCAACAAAACGAAGUCGUAGCGCAAUUUUGCAUUUAAAUUUGUAAACAUUUAGCACAAUUUACGGAAAGUGUGAACCUUGUCUCUGUGUACUUGACUUAUUCCCAUGGCCAACGACAGGCGAAAGAUGUCCGGAUUAUUUAUGAAUUUUACAAAUGUCAUCAAAUGGCUCUGCGAAAGCCUCAUUCCAAAUAUAUGUUUUAGUGAGUAAGCCCUAGACUAAGUCUGAGUUGGAAAGCAUUUGGUGAUAGCCUUUGUUUCGCCUGUGACCCCGAGUACUCCCAUUUAUAAUUUCCUAUACCUACCUAAAUAUCUCUUUAAAUGGCGAACCAAAAUUUUGAUUUAAAUUAUUUUCGUACGAUUUAGGGACAGUCUUGUGUUGCUUAAUUUUUAGACGAGGAGCGUUGCAAACCUUAUGCCAAAUUACGUUUAGAUGUGUUCUUUUUAUCAAAACGACAACAUAUCCUAUUUGUUGGACAAUGCCAGCUUGUAGUACUUACAAAUAUCAGUUUCCAAACUACCGAUAUCACACAAAAUAUAUAGCGUUAGUCCCUAGAGGUUAGUCCUUAAUGCAAAUAUGCAUAGUGCCUUCUAUUUAUAACGGACGCAUUCUUCACAGCGACUGUGUAAAUACUGUACCGUACAAUUCCAUAUCGCAUCCUGCAGAAUGUGUACAUAACUAUGAUUAAAUACUGUUUUAUUCAAGACUAAAACGUACAUAUUAUAUCCAGAUGGUAGCCAAGAGUUACGCGUUGAUUUUCAAUUGCUAUGUAUUAUUCCAUCUAGCGAGCUUCACUGUAGGCGGCAUUUACAUUUUACGUACGAAACCAAAAGCCAUAGGAAGUGGUCGAUAACCUUUUUUUAAACUAAACUUACAAUAGUUAACUAAGCGCGUAGUAAAUGUCUAGUAAGGACGCAAAUAUUGUGCAAGGAAUCAGAUAAAGUUAUAAAUAAAAAUACGUGAAUUGAAAA